ACCGGAAGCUGUGUUUGCGUGUGCGUGCGCAGACUUUCAUGGCGUGAACGAGGAGCGAGUCAAGAGUCCACUCAUUCGCAUCCAGCCCCAAAUCUAUCAGCUCCUGCCUUUCGGACCCGUCUCGUUUAGUCGUGAGCUGGAGCUGUGACCAUGGCUCUGCUGACGCCGCUCUUCGCCUUCCUCUACCACCUGCCGCUGGUCUACAAGUGGCUGCUGAAGCCCUACUACGUCGCCUCCAUCUUCAUGUCCCUGGCGUUUCUCGCUGUUCGCAAAACGCCGGGAAUCUGCGACCAUCUGGCCACGCAGCGGGAGGACGGAAACUCCUGCGACUUCGACUGGAGAGAGGUGGAGGUCCUCAUGUUCCUCAGCGCCAUAGUCAUGAUGAAGAACCGACGAGCGAUAACCGUGGAGCAACAUGUGGGCAACAUCAUCCUGUUCAGCAAAGUGGCCAACGUGAUCCUGUUCUUCAGACUGGACGUCCGGAUGGGACUGCUGUACCUCACACUGUGCAUAGUGUUUUUAAUGACCUGUAAGCCGCCUCUUUACAUGGGACCAGAAUACAUCAAGUACUUCAACGACAAAACCAUUGACGACGAGCUGGACAGAGACGGCCGUGUGACGUGGAUCGUUGAAUUCUUCGCCAACUGGUCUCCGGAGUGUCAGUCGUUUGCGUCCGUCUACGCCGACCUGUCUCUAAAGUAUAACUGCGCCGGCCUCAAGUUUGGUAAAGUGGACAUCGGACGCUACGGCGAAGUUUCCAAGAAGUACAAAGUGUCGGCGUCUCCGCUGUCCAAGCAGCUUCCGUCCUUAGUGCUGUUCCAAGGAGGGAAGGAGGUGAUGAGGCGCCCCCAGGUGGAUAAGAAGGGCAGAGCGGUGUCCUGGAGCUUCACUGAGGAGAACAUCAUCCGCGAGUUCAACCUGAACGAACUCUACCAGAAGUCCAAGAAACUCAGCAAGAACAAAGGGGACAAGGUCGGCCAGUCCCAGUUCCCCCCGGUGCCCGAGGAGGAGGAGCCGGAGCAGCGAGGAGCCGACGCCCAGGACGACCCCACGGAAACCAAGAAGGACAAAUGAGAAGCGUUGGCGUCGCUCAGCUUGGACUUUCAGACGGGACUUGUGUGUCCAGGUUCUGCCAACUCCUCCUCCAGCUCAUCUCCACCCGCCUCCCUCCCUUCAAAGUGUUUCCAGUCCGUUCUCCUGCCUCGCUCACCCCCACCCUAGGAUUUUAUUUAGUGGUUUGACAUGAAGGAACAAGAGAAUUAAAAUGUAGUUGAGCCUAUUUACGCUUUUAACAAUGAAUAAAUAUUAACGAUGCAAACUUCAGGGGAGGAGCUAACGUAGCUUUUUAAGGAGGUUGGUUGGUUGGUUGGUUGGGGGGGCUGGACCAGACCUGGAGCCGUGUGGUGCAGCGCCACCGUGUGGACAGAGUCCACACAGCACAUUUCUACCAUGAAGUCAGAGCGACUGCUCCUCGAGGAGACGUCUCACCAGUUCAUCGCAGAGAUGCUACUAAUUAGAGUAGAUUUUCUAAAACUCAUUUUAUCAUUAACUGUGAUUUAUUUUUAUUUUCUUUUAACGUAGAACUCAUUGCAGUAUUUAACGGUGCGUUCAGGCUUCACGCAUGUGCAGGAGUUUGAGACGUUUGUCAAGGUUUCAUUCCUCUUCCAAGCUUUUUCAAACCUUUAUUUUAUUUGUUAUCACACUCCUGUUUCCGUUAAACAUUCCCAGUGUGUCGGCCUUAUUACUUUAAAUUCUGUCUGUUUUUGUUUUGUUUUUCUUCUUUUUGUGGGUUGGAGCGACACAAAUUGCCACAUUCCAGCAAACAGACAACUCGGUCAAGUUGUUGAAUUUGCUGAUUCUGAAGCUUCGUAUGAUCUUAGUUUUUAUUAAAAUUAAAUCUGUACAUAUAGACGAUGGAUGUGUGGAUCGACUGACUGCGACACGGAUUUCACUGCUACGCACGAACAGAAAAUACUAAUCUUGUCUUGUCCAGUGUCAGUUCCAAUAAAGUUAAUUUAAACUAAA